ACCUGGAGCCCCUGCCGGGGGCGGGGCUGCGGACGCUCCCCCUUCCCCCGGCUCCAGCCGGCGCAGGCAGCGGCGGCGGCAGUAGGCGAGCCGCGGCCCUGCGAGGCCAUGAAGGUGAAGAAGGGCGGCGGCGGGGCCGGUACGGGGACGGAGCCCGCUCCAGGGCCCUCGGGCCCCAGCGUGGCCCCCAUACCAGAGCCACAGGCGGAAUCCGAAUCUGGGUCCGAGUCGGAGCCGGACGCAGGCCCAGGGCCCAUGCCGGGGCCGCUGCAGAGGAAGCAGCCGAUCGGGCCGGAGGACGUGCUGGGGCUGCAGCGGAUCACGGGUGACUACCUCUGCUCCCCUGAGGAGAAUAUCUACAAGAUCGACUUCGUCAGGUUUAAGAUUCGGGACAUGGACUCAGGCACUGUCCUCUUUGAAAUCAAGAAGCCCCCAGCUUCAGAGCGGUUGCCCAUCAGCCGGCGGGACCUGGACCCCAAUGCUGGGCGCUUUGUCCGCUACCAGUUCACACCUGCCUUCCUCCGUCUGAGGCAGGUGGGAGCCACGGUGGAGUUCACGGUGGGAGACAAGCCUGUCAACAACUUCCGAAUGAUCGAGAGGCACUACUUCCGCAACCAGCUACUCAAAAGCUUUGACUUCCACUUUGGCUUCUGCAUCCCCAGCAGCAAGAACACCUGCGAGCACAUCUACGACUUCCCCCCUCUCUCCGAGGAGCUGAUCAGCGAGAUGAUCCGCCACCCGUAUGAGACCCAGUCUGACAGCUUCUACUUCGUGGAUGACCGGCUGGUGAUGCACAACAAAGCGGACUAUUCCUACAGCGGGACGCCCUGACCCCACGGCUGGCCCCACCCCGGGACGCUCUGGUUCUGGGCCCAGAGCUGUGACCUCCCCAACGCUCACCCCUCAACCCCAAGUCCUCUGCUUGGGAAGUGCCCCAGGAGACCUGGACCUUGAGUCAGUGUUGGGAGGAAGGGUACCUGGUGUCCCGGUCAAGCCCGUGAAGCCCAUGGGGCCUGCUGCGUGGGGUGGGGUCGUAGGGAGGCUGUUUGCCUCCACGUCUAGAAAGGCCUGUGAGAGGAGCAAUCAGGACUUCCAGACGACUUAGCUCAGCCCUCCUUGGGCCCAGUUUCAGAGUAGUGUUCCCCUAUCAAGGCUGUGACUAGGUCAGGCAGGGAUCCAUGCCCUGUCCCUCGCCCACUACCUUCAGGCCAUUUAGAGUUGUACUUUACAAAGAUCACGGUGGGCUCCAGCUGCCAAGCCACCAAGGGAGUCUGGGCCCUAGGCCCAGCCCCACCCCUCCCACGAGGGGCCAGAACACUGCCUGAGGUGUGGGCGGGACUGGCUGAGAUUGCAGCCCAUGGUAGGAGCUAGACCAGCUGUAUAUAGUUUUCAAUAAACUUUCUCCUUUUCUGUUC